AUGAAUGAAAACUAUAACCCUGUGGAGCGAAUAAGUAAGGGUGGGAAGGAUCGACAUACCAAAGGUGCUCAGAAAAUCUCAAAAUCUCUGCAAUUAAGCAAUUUACAUAACCCUGGCUUUGGAGAUACCGUUGGUCUUAAUACCACCUUGGGACCAAAGCAAAGGAGACUUUAUGCAGCUGCAUGCGAUGCUAAUUCUUCAGAAGUUCAGGCUUUGUCUAAGGAGAUUACAGAUCUCAAGCUUUUUGUGGACCAUUUUGAAAAAGAAAGAUACUCUUACUUUGCAAAAUUAAGGGAUAUUGAAAUUCUUUGUCAAACAUCAGAGUUGGAAGAUAUCCCUACUUCUAUUCUUUAG